UUUGCUUUGUUGACUUAGGCUGAGCCCCUAUUAAUACUCCAUCUAAGCACCUCCUCUCUUCGGAUCUCAUCACCUUCCUUUCGGUCCCAUCACAACCCUUCCCCUUCCCUUCACCAUCUCUCUCUCUCUCUCUCACCAUGAGCUUCUUAAGUAUGAUGGAGGCAAGGCUGCCUCCGGGGUUCAGAUUCCACCCUCGGGACGAGGAGCUUGUGUGCGACUACCUCGCCAAGAAGGUCUCGGUGGACGGCGGAAAUGACAGCUUCUACGGUUGCCUGAUGCUUAUGGACGUUGACCUCAACAAGUGCGAGCCAUGGGAUCUUCCUGAGAUGGCAUGUGUGGGUGCUAAGGAGUGGUACUUCUUCAGCCACCGGGACCGAAAGUAUGCGACCGGGCAGCGGACUAAUCGGGCAACACAGUCGGGUUAUUGGAAGGCCACCGGAAAAGAUCGGCAAGUAAGCCGGAGAGGAGUUCUUGUCGGAAUGAGGAAGACUCUGGUCUUCUAUCAAGGAAGAGCCCCAAAGGGGAGGAAGACUGGCUGGAUCAUGCAUGAAUUUCGCAUGGAAGGACCCUGCAAUCCACCAAGGUUUUCUUUCAAGAAAGAGUGGGUCUUGUGUAGAGUAUUCUGUAAGAGUAGAGGAAUUGCCUCCAAGCCAAUUGCAGAGACUUGCCAUGAGGACACAGGCUCUUCCUCCCUUCCUCCCCUCAUGGACAGCUACCUCGCUUUCGACCAAGCCCCGCCGAGCUUAGAAGGGUAUGGGCAAGUGCCCUGCUUCUCCAACCUUCCUCCAGGCCCGGCGUCCUGCCGCCCAAAUGCCAUAGUUCCUGCCAUUCCUCUGCUUGAAAGAAGCCUGCCUACCAAGAUCUCAGCCCCUAUGGGGGGCUUACCAGACAUGGCUUCUUGUGAUAAGGAGGCUAUUAGGGCUGUCUUGAACCACCUCACCAAGUUUGAGAGCAACCCAAAGAGAGAGGUCCAUCCAAAUUUGAAUCAAGGAAGCUUACAGAGCUUAUACUCAGCUGAAAAUGGCCUGUCCCAUGUUUGGAACACUGUAUGAUUAGCAUACCCAGACAUCCAUCAGACUAAUUGUACAUAUAUAUAUAAUCAUGUACCUAUAUUAAGACAAGUGUUUUCUUAGUUGUGUAUUUUUCUACCUAGAAGGAAAGAUCUUUUUCGGGGUGCGCGCAAUAAACUUCUUAGUUGGUCAUUAAUUUUAUUGACUUUAAAAUUCUAUUCCUGAUUUUAUUCUAAAACCUUAUCUUUUAGUGGAUGUUGGUUUUUAAAUUUGAGUAGGAAUUAAAUAUUCCAUUUAUAUGAAAGGACCUUUGGUGUCUUCUUUAGUGUGGCCUGAGAAAAGAGAG